CUAUCUCCAGUGACUUCAAAUCGAGGCUGGCUUUCCAUUGGAACCCUGCAAACUGCAUUCCAUUCAUGCUGAGAGGCAGCAGUAACAACUCCAGUUGUAGCGAAAGAAGGCAGCAGCGGGCAAGCAGACGGGAGGGGGAACGGAGGAGGAUUCGAACGACAAGAGCUAUUGGAGCAGGGGAGGGAGACAGCCACGUACUCUGCGACUUCGGUGGAAUUAAUUAAUACUGCUAAUUACACAUUCCAGCGUCAUGGUCAAGACAACAACCUCCCAAGCGGACCGGCUCCCGUGCAGGCUGGCUAAAUCACCAGUGUAGAGGAUGCCUUAAAUGAUGAUUAAAUGUCGGAUUCAGGGAAGGAAGCGUAAAUUUUUCGAUAACUUUCUCAGCUUGAGGAAAACCUGUGCCAUUCACUUCUGAGAGAUGAGGAACUUUCCAAAAGUAUGCUGCUUGGCUUUUUGCUUCCAGACCCUAUUAUUUUUGGGAACUCUUUUGUAUCCCUCAUUGAGCAGACCUGAGCCAUUUAGAACUUUUAACGUCAGUGAGUGGAGUCUAUCUCAUUUGGUAGUCCACAGCAAGACUGGAGAUAUUUACAUUGGGGCAGUAAACAGGAUAUUCAAACUCUCAAGCAAUUUGACUCUGUUGCGUACGCAUGAAACUGGACCAGUGGAAGACAAUGAAAAAUGCUACCCUCCCCCAAGUGUGCAGUCUUGCCCUCAUGGCUUGGUCACCACUAACAACGUGAACAAACUGCUGCUAAUUGACUACUCACAGAACUGGCUGAUAGCCUGCGGCAGCACCUCUCAGGGCAUCUGCCAGUUUCUCCGGUUGGAUGACCUCUUCAAAUUAGGUGAGCCCCAUCACCGCAAGGAGCAUUACCUCUCAAGUGUGAAUGAAUCAGGUACAAUGUCUGGUGUCAUCAUUGAGUCUUCUGAUGGUCAGAACAAGCUGUUCAUUGGUACCCCUAUUGAUGGGAAGAGUGAGUAUUUUCCAACAUUGUCAAGUCGAAAACUGAUGAAGAAUGAAGAAGACGCAGAAAUGUUUGGCUUUGUGUACCAGGAUGAGUUUGUUUCAUCUCAACUUAAGAUUCCCUCUGAUACCCUCUCCAAGUUCCCAUCAUUUGACAUCUACUACAUUUACAGUUUUAGCAGUGAACAGUUUGUCUAUUACAUGACCCUUCAGCUUGACACUCAACUUACCUCACCAGAUUCUAGUGGAGAACAAUUUUUUACAUCCAAGAUUGUCCGUCUCUGUGUGGGUGAUCCCAAGUUUUACUCUUAUGUGGAGUUUCCCAUUGGUUGCACCAAAGACGGAGUGGAAUAUCGGCUUAUUCAGGAUGCCUAUUUGAGCCGUUCUGGCAAGUUGUUAGCAAAAUCUCUGGGCAUUUCAGAAGAUGAGGAUAUCCUGUUCACAGUUUUUGCACAAGGCCAGAAAAACCGAGUCAAGCCACCUAAGGAGACAGCCUUGUGCCUCUUCACCUUGCGGCAGAUCAAGGAGAAAAUAAAGGAGCGUAUUCAAUCCUGUUACAGAGGAGAAGGAAAAUUAUCCCUUCCAUGGCUGCUCAAUAAAGAGCUGACUUGCAUCAACUCGCCUUUACAGAUUGAUGCGAAUUUCUGUGGUCAGGACUUCAACCAGCCAUUAGGUGGAACAAGUACCAUCGAAGGGACUCCUCUUUUCAUUGAUAAGGAUGAUGGAAUGACCUCUGUCGCUGCUUACAGCUAUAAGAGUCACACCGUGGUCUUUGCUGGGACUAGAAGUGGCAGAAUGAAAAAGUUUUUGGUGAACAGUGUGGGGCAGAUGGCAGCACUGUAUGAAAAUGUUGUAGUGAAUGAAGGAUCACCAAUUCUGCGAGAUUUAGUUCUGAGUCCAGAUUUCCAGUUCAUUUAUGUCAUGACAGAGAAACAGGUGAGCCGUGUGCCUGUUGAGAGCUGUGAACAAUAUGAGACUUGUGAAGCGUGUCUAGGGUCCCGUGAUCCCCAUUGUGGAUGGUGCGUUCUACACAACGUAUGCUCUCGGAAGGACAAAUGUGAGAGAGCAAAUGAGCGCCAGCGCUUUGCCUCAGAAUUGCAGCAGUGUGUCCAGUUGUCUGUAUUACCAAAGAACAUCUCUGUCACCAUGUCUGAGGUUCAGUUGGUUUUGCAAGCGUGGAAUGUCCCGGAUCUUUCUGCUGGGGUGAAUUGCUCCUUUGAGGAUUUCACUGAAAGUGAGGGAAGGAUAGAGGAAGGAAGGAUUUUCUGCAUUUCACCGUCUGCAAAAGAUGUUGUCCCCAUCACCAAGGGUCAAGGAGAUAAGAGAGUUGUUAAGCUCUACCUGAAAUCCAAGGAAACGGGGAAGAAGUUUGCCAGUGUUGAUUUUGUCUUUUACAAUUGCAGUGUCCAUCAGUCAUGCUUAUCCUGUGUAAAUGGCUCAUUUCCCUGCCACUGGUGUAAGUACAGGCACAUCUGUACUCAUAAUGCUGCAGAUUGCUCAUUCCUUGAAGGCCGUGUCAAGAAGCCAGAGAGUUGCCCACAGAUUCUGCCUUCCACUCAGAUCUACAUCCCCGUUGGUGUGGUGAAGCCUAUUACAUUGACCGCCAAGAAUCUGCCUCAGCCACAGUCUGGCCAGCGGAACUAUGAGUGCAUUUUUCACAUCCCGGGCAGUGUAACAAGAGUUCCAGCUUUGAGGUUCAACAGUACUAGCAUCCAGUGCCAGAACAGUACGUACUUCUAUGAAGGAAAUGACAUCAGUGACCUUCCCGUCGGUCUCUCCGUGGUCUGGAAUGGAAACUUUGUAAUUGAUAAUCCUUCUAAUAUUCAAGCUCAUCUCUACAAGUGUGCGGCUCUUCGUGAAAGCUGUGGCCUGUGCCUGAAAGCAGACCCCCGUUUUGAGUGUGGCUGGUGUGUAGUAGAGAAGAGAUGCACUUUGCGUCAGAGUUGUACAGACCCAGAUGGUGAUUGGAUGCAUGCCAGCAGUGGGAAGAGCACAUGUACUGAUCCUAAAAUCUUUAAGCUGGUACCGGAGACUGGACCUAAACAAGGAGGUACAAGGCUGACAAUUACUGGUGAGAACCUGGGUUUGAAAUUUCAAGAUAUCCAAACUGGAGUGAAAGUGGGAAAGGUGACAUGCAGACCUAUAGAGGGUGAAUUCAUCAGUGCUGAACAAAUUGUAUGUGAAGUUGCAGAUGCUACAAAUUAUAGGCCAGAAGAGGCAUUUGUUGAAGUUUGUGUAAGAUCAUGUGAGCCAAACUAUAGAGCUGUCUCAGAAAAAACAUUCACUUUUGUGGUACCUUAUUUCAACAGAAUAACUCCAGCUCAAGGACCGGUCUCUGGUGGAACUCUGAUAACUAUCGCAGGAAGACAUCUUGAUGCAGGAAGUGAUGUAGCCAUUUAUGUUGGAGACCGGGCUUGCACAUUUGAAAGGAGGAGUCAGCGAGAUAUUGUUUGCAUCACUCCAUCAGGCCAGGUUGUUAGAGAAUAUUCAGUUAUGGUCAACAUUAACCGGGCUGUCCUGAGAAAUGAAGAUGUUAAGUACGUUUAUACAGAGGAUCCAACCAUUCUUAAAAUUGACCCUGAAUGGAGCAUUGCCUGUGGAGGAACUGAUCUGACAAUAACAGGCACCAACUUAAUGACAAUAAGGGAACCAAAGAUGCGUGUAAAACUUCGUGGCACAGAGUCCUUCAGUAAUUGCACAGUUUACAAUGAUACCACCAUGGUCUGUAUGGCUCCUUCCAUCUUUCAACCUGACAGAAAUCUUCCUGAAAGUGGAGAACAACCCGAUGAGGUUGGCUUCAUCAUGGACAAUGUUCAAGCUCUGCUUAUUGUCAACAACACUGGUUUUGCAUAUUACCCAAACCCAAGCAUCGAUCCGCUGAGUCCUGCAGGGAUCCUGGAAUUGAAGCCUGGCUCUCCUCUCAUCCUUAAGGGUCGAAACUUGAGUCCAGCUGCUCCUGGUAACAUGAAGCUGAACUAUACUGUGUUGAUUGGUGAGAUCCCAUGUGUGGUAACCACAUCUGAAACUCAGCUAAUGUGUGAGACUCCAAACCUCACUGGACAGCACAAAGUGACUGUCAUAGUUGGCGGUUUUAGCUACUCGCCAGGAAUGCUGCAGAUCUACUCAGACAGUCUCUUGACACUACCAGCCAUCAUUGGGAUUGGAGGAGGUGGGGGUCUGCUUCUGCUUAUUAUCAUUGCUGUUCUCAUCGCUUACAAACAAAAGUCAAGAGAUGCCGACCGAACAUUAAAGCGACUCCAGCUUCAGAUGGACAACUUGGAGUCAAGGGUGGCGCUGGAGUGCAAAGAGGCUUUUGCUGAGCUACAAACAGAUAUCCACGAGCUUACCAGUGAUUUGGACGGUGCUGGCAUUCCAUUUUUGGACUAUCGGACGUAUGCUAUGAGAGUUCUGUUCCCAGGCAUUGAAGACCAUCCAGUCCUGAAAGAGUUGGAGGUACCUGCCAACGUGGAGAAAGCCUUGUCACUUUUUGGACAGCUGCUGAAUAAGAAACACUUCCUACUAACUUUCAUUCGCACCCUGGAGGCCCAACGCAGUUUCUCCAUGCGUGAUCGUGGCAAUGUUGCUUCUCUCAUUAUGACAGCUUUGCAGGGUGAGAUGGAAUAUGCCACUGGUGUGCUGAAACAGCUUCUCUCAGACCUUAUAGAGAAAAAUCUGGAAAGCAAGAAUCACCCAAAACUCCUGCUAAGAAGGACUGAAUCAGUGGCAGAGAAGAUGCUGACAAAUUGGUUUACCUUCCUCCUCUACAAAUUCUUGAAGGAGUGUGCUGGAGAGCCCCUUUUCAUGUUGUACUGUGCAAUAAAACAGCAAAUGGAGAAAGGGCCUAUUGAUGCCAUUACAGGAGAAGCACGGUAUUCCCUGAGUGAAGACAAAUUGAUACGCCAGCAAAUUGACUACAAAACUGUGACACUGAACUGUGUGAACCCCGAAAAUGAGAAUGCACCUGAAAUACCUGUGAAGGUUCUGAACUGUGACACCAUUAUGCAGGUGAAAGAAAAGCUUCUGGAUACAGUAUACAAAGGAGUGCCAUAUUCACAGCGGCCAAAGGCUGGGGACAUGGAUCUUGAGUGGCGUCAGGGAAGAAUGGCUCGAAUCAUCCUACAGGACGAAGAUGUUACAACCAAGAUAGACAAUGACUGGAAGAGACUCAAUACUCUUGCACACUAUCAGGUAAAUGAUGGCUCCGUUGUUGCUCUAGUUCCCAAACAGACUUCAGCCUACAACAUCUCCAACUCCUCAACCUUCACCAAAUCCCUCAGCAGAUACGAGAGUAUGUUACGGACGGCUAGUAGCCCAGACAGUCUCCGAUCCCGAACACCCAUGAUAACACCAGACCUGGAAAGUGGAACAAAGUUGUGGCAUCUAGUGAAGAAUCACGAUCAUAUGGACCAGCGGGAAGGUGACAGAGGGAGCAAAAUGGUAUCCGAGAUCUACUUGACUCGGCUUUUAGCUACAAAGGGUACAUUACAGAAGUUUGUUGAUGACCUGUUUGAGACGAUAUUCAGCACUGCACACCGUGGAAGUGCUCUGCCUCUUGCUAUUAAGUACAUGUUUGACUUUCUCGACGAACAGGCAGAUAAACAUCAGAUUACAGACUCUGAUGUCAGGCAUACUUGGAAGAGCAACUGUCUACCUCUGCGUUUCUGGGUGAAUGUGAUCAAGAACCCCCAGUUUGUGUUUGAUAUUCACAAAAACAGUAUAACUGAUGCCUGUUUAUCUGUGGUGGCGCAGACAUUUAUGGACUCUUGCUCAACAUCAGAACACAAACUGGGUAAGGACUCACCGUCCAACAAACUACUCUACGCAAAAGACAUUCCCAACUACAAGAGUUGGGUUGAGAGGUAUUAUGCAGAUAUUGCAAAAAUGCCAGCGAUAAGUGAUCAGGACAUGAGUGCCUACCUAGCAGAGCAGUCACGGUUGCACCUGAGCCAGUUCAACAGUAUGAGUGCACUGCAUGAACUCUACACCUACAUUGCCAAGUAUAAGGAUGAGAUAUUGACAGCCCUGGAGAAAGAUGAACAGGCCAGAAGACAGAGGCUGAGAAGUAAACUUGAGCAGGCCAUCGACACAAUGGCUCUUAGCAGCUGAAGUACCCCUCUGGAUGAUGGACUGACACUACAGCAGCGGAAACAGAGAUGGGGAGGACUUGAGCAGUGCACACUCUGGAUACCAGCAGGAUUGAGCGCACACACAAACAGACACAUUCUGUAAACAGCCUGUUCCUUUUUCUGAACAUGAAAGCAGCAUUCACAAGAAAAAAAUACAGGAUCGUUCAAGGAGUUACACUUUUGCUUUUAUGAUGUCUGCAAAGAAUUGAGAACAAACUCUGUGUGAUACACAAGGGCGAGUAGGUUCGACUUGGCUGGUUCCCUGGUCAUGUGACUCAAGUCAUGUGAUAAAGGCUGGAUGGGACUGCGCUAACUCUUGGACAGUGUUUACUGUACUUGUUUGCCUACUCUCUCCAGCCUCCUGCCACCUAGUGUUAACUGCUAAAUUUGCACAAUUUGCAUACUGAAAACAUUUUUAUGGAAAAAAAGUUUUAAAAGAACAAAAAAAAAAGUGUUUUGAAUUUUAAAUAAAGUCGAAGCAUUGAUAUUUGGAGGGGAUUAAAGAAAAAGUUCUGUAAGAUUUGUUAUUUCAGAACGAUAACAAUUUGUCCAGUGCCAUGUUUUGUUUGAAUGUUGUUUAGUGCAAAAAAAAAAAACACUUUUGUUAGGUAAAAAUAUAUGCUUUAAUUGAAACGUUCCAUACCUAAUUACCGAAGGGUACAAAGAACACAAAGACAGGUGAAGCAAAAGGAAGAGGAUGCUAGAAGGCAGGCCCUGUUGCUUUGUUGUUUUUAAGGAAAAUAGACUAAUAGCUGUUCUGGAGCUUGGUUGGAUGUUGUAUUUCAAAUGUUUGUGGUUAUACCUUCAUCUUCAGCAAAAAAUUCUUCCACCUUUUUCUUUGUGUCAUCUUGACGACAAAAAAAAAAAAGAAAACCAAUAUGAAGGAACUUUGUAACUAUCCUGCUGAUGAAUGCUUAGGGGUUUUUAAACUGGAACAUUUCUUUUUAUUUAUUUUUUGUAUACUGUGCAUCUUUUUUUCUGUUAGUUUGCCCAGUAAAUUCUUUCAGCAAAAAGAAAAUUCCAUUUAAAUGAAGAGGUAGUAAUGUGGAGAACAAGAUAUAUACUGAAGUGUAUUUAAGUGUGUGACCCCUAGAAGACUGACAAAUGUGCAUAAGACAGUUGGUGCCGAAUGUGAAUGUCCCUGUUGAGUUGUAGCUACAGCUCUGGUUGAAAAGACCAAGUGUAGAGUAGUAAACCUGAAAACUUACUGUAUGUAUCAGUUGCCGGCACAUUCUUCACUUGCACACACAUUUUGUUAACCUCCAUGAGGUUCAUUUAACAUCCCAUUUAGGCACAUUGUGGACAUUUUGUCCCCUUUUCGCAGUGUUGCUGACAGCCGUUUUCAGGAUGCUAGGGCAGGGAAAUGCAUCAGUACUCUGAUAAUUGUAUCAUUGUGAACUAGCACCAUUAAAAAACUGCAGGCAUGAAUGGGAUCAGGAAGUGAGUAUGACAUCUUUCACUAGGCUUUGGUGUCAAUUUUUUUUUUUUCUUUCUGAUCAUUCAUUUUUUGCACACAUAUCAAACAGCUUCUACAGCACCAAGUAAUCCAGAAUGCCUAGUGCCUGUUAGCAGGACCAGUCCCUUUAUUUUGUAAUCUCGAGUCAUCUAAUUUUGUCAGGGUGCAUGCAUUGUUGGCUAUUGUGCCACAACUGGGGUGAAUAUCUGCUAGAUAGAAUUGUUCAGCAGUGUAUUGCAGUGAAUGGCUAUGUCUAGUAUUUGAGUGUAGAAAGCUGAAUCCCCGUUUAAAAACUAAUUCUAAUGUGUGGAUUUUAAGUAUGCUUCAGAUUAGUCCCUGAAAGGAGUAGCAUAAUUCCCUGUAGCAUGAAAUAAAUUUUUUUAAAAGAAAGUAAAACGUGAAAUUUUAAGCUGUAUACGUACACAGGAAGGAGAUAUUUAGCUAUUACAGUAAAAAGGUAAGGCAAAAAAAAAAAAAAUAAGAAAAAAGAUUGGGCGAGUGUGAAUGAAGUCGGUGUUACCUUGGCUAAAAACAGAAAAAUAAAGGAUAUUUUUUCAUGCGAUCUUAAGAAAGGUGUUGAGUAUAAGAAGUGGAUGUAGUAGUUACUGGUUUGCUUUGCUUCUGGCGGUCAGUUGUAGGUGAUGUGCAUUUAGUUUUGGAUUCUGUGAGUAUUGUUUUCACACUGGCUUUUGCAUGAAUCCCUGCUGGAUUUUUUUUUCUGUAACAUAGGUAUCCAUAAUUGGGCAGAAAGCAUUUUUACGAGUGGCAGAUAUCUAUUUUUGGAGGGGGGAGGUUAAUUAAUUCCAUUUUAUUGCUCUCCACCUGAUUUGCCAAUUUGCCUUUUUCAUUGGAAAACAUUUUCUUUUUUUGUUUUGAUGAUUAUGCUUCUGUCAUAACUCAUGGCUGACCAUGCCUGUCUGAGCUGUGGCACAGUCAUAUGAUGAGGAAAGAGUUGCUGAUUGGAUACAUAGGAGGAGAAAAAAAGGCCAGGGGGCCUUCUGAAAAAGUUGGGAAGCAGAUGCAUGCAUUUGGAUCUUUUGUGUUAGAAUAAUUUAUCAUUCAUCACAUGUUCUGAACUGCUUUAGAAUUAUGCUGUGCAAUGUUUAACUGACCACUUACAGUGCACAAUACGGUCAUUGGGUAAGUCACUUCCUAUGUUUGCAGUAAUUUUUGAUAAUUAAAUUGAAUUAUCAGAUGGAGAUCUGUGACUCUUGGCUUUUUCUCAUGUACAACAGAUUUGAAUUUUUUCAUAGGUUUUAAAUUGGACUAAAAAAGCUUGCAUUACUGCCGAAAAAUAUAAUUUAGAACUGGGGCAAGCCAAGUGUUUCUUCUAUUAAUCAUAUAGAUAUUCUGUGUUUUUUCUUCCCAUUUUUUAUAUACUUGAGCAUUAAACAAUGGAUUUUUUAUUUUUCAAAACUUUGCACCUCCUCCUCCUUUCUCCUCUUCUGUUCCUCCUCAUAUACUCGUAGAAGGAUAGGGACCUGGCCUAGGACUACAGUUUUGUGUUAGAAAAACUGACAUUAUCGCAUUUUGAGCCAGCAGAUUCUGUAUCUAAAAUUCCUUGCAUGGUAAGCAGUGUUCCUGACUGUUGUCAGCUGUUGCUUCUGAGUUACAAGCCCUCAUGUACAAGGAGCCUUUCCUGCAGUUUCAUAGAGGUAUGGUAAUGCUGUGUAUUCGGCCCUCCUGUAUGCUGGAAGUAAUUAAAGAGGUAGCUCUUGAACCAAGCUUCUUAACUUUGUUUCUAAUUCUGAAAAUAGAGAAGAAAGAAUCCUGCACCUCCUUGGAUGUACAUACAGGUGAUGUGGUGCAUAAGCAGACAUGGUGGAGCACAAUGUUACCACCUCUGCAGAGAAGCCAAGAGGGUUAUACCAGAGACAUACAAUGAGACUGCAGACAGGUAUUGGUCUCUGAACAAAGUAGUAGCUUGGAAUGUGUUCCAGAGGUGAAGACACAUUUGCAGUCUAUUUGCUUCACCAUUCAACACCAGAUGUGAUGGUUUGUUCACUGUCUUCUCCAAAGAAGUACAAGCCCUCAGCAGAUGCAUUCUCCCACCUAGGCAGAAGUAAGCAUUGCAGAGAAACAAAUAGUCUUUGUCUUUUGCAAAAAACAAGUAUGCCAGUGACAAAACCAUCUAUUUCAAACUUGCUUGCACCUUGCAUUAACCUUUUGUUAUGGAACAUAUGGUAAGCCAUUACAGGAGAAGGGACCUACCCUAUUCUGCAAGGGGCAUUGCUACUACUGCAGCUUUCUUGACAUGGGUUAGCAGCAAUGUUAUCCUGCAAGAUGACACUUGGUCCUCAAUUUUUACUUUUUCAAGGCAUUAUAGGUUUGAUGUGAGAUUUGGGGCUAGUACUGUGAUUUUGCUGCUGUUCUGAAGGGCAUGUACCAUUCCUAGUCUGGGCUCUGAGUCCGUCACCCAGUUUGCCUGGAUAAGCUUUAGAAAGCUUCUUCACAAGAUCUGACUGCAACAAUGACCAACAAAGUGCAUAGUACAGUUUUGUUGGCAAUUUGCCACAGUUGUAGAUGUCUGUUUGGUUACUCUUGCAGCCAUGAUGUUCUUUGUGCUUCACUGUUGCAAUUCUAACUUAUGGGAUUUCCUGCUUCUGUAGACCUUGGUCAGCCCGACUACCAGAGUAAAUAAAAUCCCUCCUUCCUGGGCUGUCAGAUGCCCUACCCUGAUGUCAGGAAGGUUGGAUAUAAAAGGAGCCAGCUGAUACCAUGACCUCAGUCUUUCUUGCCGUCACAGCCUGAACCAGUUGUGCGUCAGUUGGUCCACACAGGAGUGAGAAAUUCUUCAAAGCAGUGUACCCCAUUGGGGAACUCUUCCUUGUUUGUGACUCAUUUCAGAUAAAGGUAACAAUUGUCUCCCUUGUGGUAAACAAAUCCCACACAGAGACUUUCAUACCUUGUGUGUCACUUGUUUAGGUCCAAACCAUGACAUCCCAAAUUGCCAUCUAUGUACCAUUUUCAGUACUAGGACUAUAAGGUGCAGGACUGAAGUCUUGUCUAAACACCUUAGUCAGCAAUCCGCUUCCCAUUGUUCAAUGGUGUGCCAGUACCUCAAGGCUCAUUAUUGCAGAGGAAGGAGACGAACCUUCGCAGCCCCCUUCUGCAAGCAAGGUGGUAGAGCAAUCCUCUGUCGAGACCCUUUCGGUGUCCAACAUGCUGUCAGGUCCCUCAACUUCAACUCUGGCCUUGGCGUUUGGUUCGUCGAUAGGGUCCAAAGUCACUAAGCAGACCUCUACUUUCAGCUAAAGAUCCUCAACAGACUAUGUCCCUUCUGGACAUUCACCAACAUUGGAUGUUUCUUUCAAAGAAAUUGUUGUCAGAAUAGCAGGCGUUCACAGCCCAAGACCAAAGUUACAUCUAAAAAGAACUUGACCAUAGGCACUGUGCCAAGACCUGCUGUCUCCUGCCCCACAGGUUAUCAGCAGGAUUUGGUCAGGUUGGCAGAGGACCUUAUUUCUUUAGUCAGAGGCAGGCAACCUCCCCCAUGAGUCUUCACCAGGAAAUGUAAGAGGGACCCUGCACCCGAGACCUUGUCAUAUCCCCCGAUUCAGAUGAAGACUCUGAUCACAGGGACUCUGUCCUUGAAGAUAAACCCUUCUUUAUCUCCUUUGAGAAUUCUGAUUCAGAAGAGGUGCUGUCCUCAUGAGAUGUAGCAGAAGGUAUUACCUUUGGAGAAACACUGCAUGCCACAAUAUUUUUUCCAGUGGCAGGCAUAAGAAUACCCCCACUCUAAAAAGAGGGUAAGGGAAUUCCUCGAUCUCCCACAACAGAAACCCUUAGCUUUUCCUUCAGUUUUAGAAGUGCUAGAAAAUGUCUUCAUGGAAUCCUCUCUCAAUCCAGACUGCCUUUCCCCAACCCCUUGUAACCCUGACCAGUUUUGCAGGGUACUGGACUCGCAUAAAUUAUUUUUUUCAGUACUCCUCUGCUGGCCCAGAGGUUGUCACCCCAAGCCCCAGAGCUAGUACUUCCAAAAAUCGAAAGCAAGGUCCUUGACACAUUUGGGAAAAAGGUUUACACUUCCUCUAUCCUGGCAAUGAGGGCCCUCAGUUGCCAAUUGCAAAUGAUAAAAUAGCAGAGUAUUUUGGAAAAAAUGAAGCAAAAGAUUUCCUUCCUGGGGGGGCAAGAACACCUCCAAGGAAUUGCUAGAUCUGUCAUUUCCAUUUCCCAGGUAUCUAGGCACUCCUUGCACUCCGGAUAUGAUGCUGUAGAGGCAUCUUCCCAAGCUGCAGUCUCUGGCUCAGCCAUCAGAAGGCAUGCUUGACUUAGGGAACAGACAUUACCAGAACAUGUCAGAUCAAAGCUGCUAUAUGCACCCCUGAAUAAGAACUCCCUUUUUGGACCAAAGGCUGAGGCUAUGUUAAAAAAAGAUGGAGGAUAAAUCAAAAUCCAUGCAAACAGUCCAAGACUUCCUCCAAGUCUAACCAUCUAGGUUGAGUAGUAAUUUUCCCACUAAGCACUGGUCCUUUCCCUCCCAGUCAAACCCAGUCAGUGGAAGCCCUAAGAGAAAGGCCUCAUAGACAGCAGCAAUCACAGAGGGCAAGGCAGUGGUCCUCAGGAACACCCAGGCUGGGGAGUUCUAGGCCACAGGGCCCAAGCAGAAAUAAGCAAUUACUCGUACCACACCCUGUCCUCCAACCCCAGACAAGAUAGGAGAAAGAUUAGGAGGAAGACUUUCAAGGAAAACUGAGCCCUCAUCAUCUCUGACAAGUGGGUUCUGGAAGUAAUCUCAAAUGGCUCACUUUCAAAGAACCAUUAAGAUUCUCAGGCUAUGUGCCACAAAAUGAAAGGGCAGAGGCCACUUCUCAGGUUCACAACCUGUGCUUGGCUUGCAGGGCUGUGUGGAACCAGCACCAGGUAGGAAAAGGGUUUUAUUCCAGACUAUUCCUGGUCCCCACAAAAGAAGUCUGUUGGUGCCCUAUUCUGGAUCUGUCUGUCCUCUAUCAGUCCCUUCUAGUUUUCAAAAUGCUUACUCUUCAAAAGCUUCUUCCCGUGAUCAUUCCUCAGGCUCUAAUGGUCACCUUAGACCUGAAAGAUUCCUACUUACAUAUCCCAAUAGAAGAAUCCUGCAGAAGUUUUCUUCACUUCAGAGCAGGUGCCAGUCACUUUCGGUUCUCUGCACUUCCCUUUGACUUGUCUACUGCUCCCAAGGUCUUCACAAAAUGUUUGACCACUGUGAUCACCUUCAGCAGAACAAGAAGCAUCCGGAUUUACCCUUAUCUGGAUGACUGCCUUAUUCAGGCCAUGAGUCAGUCCAUCCUCCACAAGGAUCUUGCCUUCAGUCAGACCCUACUCUCUUCCCUAGGGUAAACCAUAAACCUCGACAAAACCAACACAAACCCUUCCACCACAAUAGUUUAACUGGGGGCAGUGCUGGAUUUCUCCCUCCAGAAGGCCUUCAUUCUCCAAGACAAGGCUUCCAUCUUAACCCAAUACUUCCAGGACAUUAUGCAGAAGCAAUGCCUCUCAGCCAGGGAAUUCCUCAGAGCACCAGGCUACAUGGUAUCUUGUAUACUAAUUAUCCCUCUUGCCAAGCUACACAUGAGGAAGCUUCAGUGAUACCUCAAGAAUUUAUGGUGCCAGAACUUAGUCCCUGGAGAUGGAAAGCCAUGUAAUUCACUGCCUCAGGGAGGAAUUGGGAUGAGCAUGAACAUGUGCACAGAAUCAGCGUCGCCCCUUCUGGUUCAUCUCUCAGAGCCAGACCUUAACCACGGAUGCAUCAGACAUAGCCUGGGGAGCCCAUUUACAGCACUUCCUAUUCCAGAGCAAAUGGGAACAGCAGUUCAGACACAAGCACAUAAAUUGGAAGGAAUUGAUGGCAAUACAGAAAGGCAUGGUGGCCUUCAAGGAUCACUGGAAACCAGGGUUUCUACUUAUCAAAACAGACAACACAAAAGACGUGGUACAUAAAUAAACACGUAGGGACCCACUCCUACCCUCUUUGACAGCUGGCAGUGCAGAUCUGGGAGAUGGGCGAUGCUAUAGGGUUGUACCUCAUAGCUCAGUACCUUCCUGGGGCUCCGAACACUCUAGCAGACUGCCUCACAGACACUUCAUGGCUUCCCACGAGUGGCAGCUGCAUCAGGAGACUCUUGUCAGCAUAGUCGAGAAAUGGGGGAUCCCUCAGAUAGACCUCUUUGCCACCAACAAAAAUGCUCAGUUAAAGAAAUUCUGUUCCAGGAGCAAACUUCACACAACCUGGAGGACAGAUGCCUUCUCCUUCCUCUGGAGCCACCUGUUUCUUUAUACAUUUUCUCCCCUGCCUGUCCUUCCAAGUGUCCUCUUAAAAAUCAAGGAAGAAGGACCAAGGGUCAUCCUGAUCACUGCAGACUGGCCCAGGCAGCACUGGUGCCACGUGCUAUUGAGUUUGACCACAGAAAAACCUUGGCAGUUACCUCAGAAAGUGGAUUGGCUGACUCAGGGAAAGGGAAAGUUUGUGCACCCCAGCCUGCAAACUGUCAAACUCUGCCUGGAUAAUUCAUCAAAAUUCUACUCUGAGAACUCCCUGAGUAGUCAGGUUCACUUAAUAUCCUCAGAGUCUAGAAGAUCCAAUACUAGGAAAACAUACUCUGCCAAGUGGAAAAGAUUCUGUAUUUGGUGUCAGCAUUAAGGCCUCAACCCUGUCUCAACCAACAUUUCAGCCAUUUUGGAGUAUCUAGCUACCUUGGUGGACAAAGGCCUUUCCUUCUUAUCCAUUAAGAUUCACAGAUCUGCUAUUUUAGCCCACAUCCCUCCUCCUGUCUUUUCAAACCCCUAAUGAAACAGUUCCUUAGGAGGAGUGCUGCAUGUCAGACAUCCCAGGAGGCAACUUACCCCUCAACUUUGUUGUAGAAAAAUUGACCUUACCCCUCCCCCUUUGAACCAGCUGCUUCUGCAGAUUUAAAAAUCUUGACCUGGAAGACUGCCCUUUUACUGGCCAUCAUGUCAGCUAGAAGGGUCUGUGAGUUCCAAGACCUCAUGGCAAUGUAACCCUUACUUAUCUUCCACUCAGAGUUUCACUCAGAAAUAAUCCAUCCUUUAUGCCCAAGGUGGUCACACAUACUUCCCUGAACCAAGCCAUACAUUUGCCUACUUUCUUCCCCAAGCCAUAGAACCAAGAGGAAAGAAUCAUUCACUCCUCGGAUGUACGCAGCCAACUUCGUUACUACCUUGACAGGACUAAACCUUAUGAAAAUCAGAACAACUUUUGUUUCCUUUGCCUUGUGCUCGGAAGGAAAACCAGUCUCCAAACAACUAUUUCCAAGUGGAUCUCCCACUGUAUUUCUUUUUGCUACACCUACCAUGCAAAAAGCCUCCUGAAUCUGUUAGGACCCAUUCAGCUAGGACCACUUCUACCUCCACUGUGUUUUUGAGGGGAGUACCUACCAAAGACAUUUUGGAAGCAGCUAUCUGGUGCAUACCUUUACCAAGCAGUACCAUCUGCCAGCCUUCUCCAAGUCCAGAACAGGAUUUGCCACUACCAUCUUUCAUGGCAUCCUUUCUUCCCAUUAAGGCACCUUCCACCCUCAUCUCAGCUUUGGGAAUCAUCCCAUAAGUCAGGACUGCAGCAUGUAAAGCACAAAGAACGUAUUAUAGUUGUGUACACUUACCAUAAAUGUAGAUGUUAGAUCCCUCCAUCCCCUUUAUUUUCCUUACAGUAACUACUUAUUUCUCUGUCCUCCUCUUCCAGAAGACCCUCUGCAGUGAUGCUCUACAGGCCUCCGUUCCUCUAACUUUGUCCCUUGCUUAAGGUUCAUCUAUAGGGCUCCUAUCUUUUAGGGGCAAGAAAAAACUGAUGAUGUGAUGUCAGCUGACUCUCUUUAUAACCAACCAUCCUGACUUCAGGGUAGGGCAUGCUCCAGCCAAGGGAGGAGGGAAUUUUUUACUCUGGUAGUUGGGCCGACCAAGGGCUUCCAAAGCAGGAAAUCCCACAAGUCAGGACUGCAACAGUGAAUACACUCAAACGUGUGCAUUUAUGGUAAGUGUACACAACUGUACUUUUUUCAUACUCUUUCUCUCAAUUGCAAAGGGCCCAUAAGUGCUAACAAGCUUGAUAACUGUUGCAGAAUGGUCUCUACCUUAAGGAUUGCAUUCCACAUCCAUUAAGACCGUGCAUCUGGAAUAUUCUUUCUACCUCCCUAAUGAGAUUUUCCCUCUGGCUUGCUUAGAAGUCCUUAGAUAAAGGCAGCACCUGUACUUGCAACAGCUGAGAGCCAUUACUACAGAUAUAUUGUACUUGAGCUGCUCUUAGCAUAAACAGACCAAAUAACAGUGAUCUAUCACACCAAAUAUUCCUUUCCAUUUGGGGAAAGACAGGUGUCUCAAUUUAUCAGGUAGGUGAUCUUGAGGUUACAUAAAGAUGGAAAUCCUCAGCAGUAAGAGGGAUCCCAUUUGGAAUUAUGUUCCGUGUUCUUUCUCAUCUUCAUAAAAACAGGAAACUUGUUCAGACCUGCUGGCUCUAAAAAGUUUUAUAUUCAAAUCUGUAGGUAAACAAAUGUAAGUAAAUAAGUAAAAACAAAAUGCUAAAAAAAGUUUGAGGUGCUCAUAGUUUAGACAUUGUGCAUCCUGCAUAUGCAGAAUGCUUAGCUGCACACCCUAACAGGUUACACAUGCACUAGAAAAGCUUUCAGUUUUGGGUCUUGUCCUCAGGAUUAUUCUUUAUUUUGUAUGCAUUUCUUUCAGAGCUACCUAUGACUUCAGGCCCCCGUACUUUUGUAUCUUUCAACUGUGCUGGAUUCCUUGUGUAGCAGUACACUGAGAGAAUUCUGCUAGAAAAAAAGCAUAUAAGUGUGCAUAAAUAGCUGUGCAAGUAAAGAGGAAACUCUUCAAUCUUUCUGAUCUUGUUAAACCCUAAACAAAGGCUUGGCUACCUUUCAAUCUGUUUGAUCACAGUCAUUUACCUUUACAAAAAAUUGUAUCCUGGAUAUUACAUUCAUGGAUGUAGCAGGUGAUGGCAGGGCUGCCUGCAGUUUUUUCUUUCUUAUUUCUGGCAUAACUGCUGGGAAUCAUUUAAAUAAUGUAAAACUGGCUGGACAUGCUCUGAAGGUGAUUGCUACAUAGCUAACUACUGCAGAUCCACCAGAAGAGAGGAGAUGCCUCAAUUACCUUUCAGAAAUCAUUUGUAUUUGCUGUAGUUCAUUCAGUGCCUUACCUUGACCUGUUAGCCAUAUUCUUUUAUCUUUAUCCUUUAUAAAAUGUUUAACUGAGUUAAAUUAAAACAAAAAAAUGUUGUUGCCUGGUGUAUCUCUCUCUCUGUCUAAAUAUGUACACACAUAUUUAAAGUACAUGUAUAGAUACACACAGUAAUAUAUCAUGCAUAUUUUUCCUAUGCUCAUGUUACACAAGUCUUUAUUGGUGUUGAAUAUAAAAUGGUGAAAGGCUGAGUGGAUAUUUUUUGUUUUGGUAGAUUGGCCAAAAUUCACUACUGUAUGCUUUUGGAUAGUUAUUUUAUUUUGUUUCUCUUGGUUGUUUUGAUAUUGGUGCUGUUCUGUUCUGUUUACCUCACAGAAUUGUUGCUCUUAUGCCUUAAAGAGAGUUGGAAUUUAGGGGCUUAGGGGAGGCCCUGUGUGUUGGUUUGGGAUAUCCAUUGGAUUCAUAGGAUUGACUUCAGUGGUUUGAUUUACGUAGUGAGAAGUUGUGGUUGGAACAUUAUUGUUGUGAGCAGCAUUUGAACAUAGUGUCUUCAUAAGUCAGUAAGUUUCAAUGGUAUGCUCCCCCCCCAAUUGUUUAAGUAGCUUGGUAUGCUUUCUUUGACUCUUACUGUUUCAUUGUUGCAACACAUUUGGCUCCGUGCACUUUUCAAGGAAAAGACAAUGGCUGGCAUUGGUUUUGGCACUGAAGCAUCGUUCAACAGAAAUGUAGUGAAAGAGGCGUGUGACAUACUUGUGUAGAUGUGGUUUGGGAAAACUAUUUGAGCGUGAGGAUUCCACAACAGUAUAUCAGUGUGUUGGAAUUCUGUUUUCUUUUGUAGUAGUUAUCCCUUCAUCUCCCUUCUGUGACGCUCCAAAAAUUUUUGGGAGGUGUAAGGAUGGGGUAGCAGCUCAUAUCCCUUCAAAGCAUUGCAAAAAGUUCCUCAUAUAACUGCUAGGAUGUUAAGUAAGGUAGCAUUGUUAUACAGUCUUUAUACUUCUCUUUCAUGUACUGUUUCUGAAACUCGGAUGAAAAUCAUUGAAAUGAACUAAUUUCUGCACUGUUCUCUCUUGUUUUUCUUUUGUGCUACAUCUGGAACUAGUGGGAUCAUGUUGCAUCACAUCUCACUACAUAUAAAAUGGAUGUAUGGUGUAUUGCCUUAUGAUAGGUCCAGUCUUCCAAAAGUGAUGUUGAAGGGAAGAAAUUGACACAGUAGCUGUCCAAGCAGAGCAUGUUUUAAGUUUUCUUUAAUUUCCUUUCAUUCUGAUUUGCCCUCUUGCUGUGUCCAUGUAGAUUUUGACUUAACCCGUUUGUGCUUCCAAGGACAUACAUUAUGCUGUACCAUUCUUGGUUGAGCUCAUCAGAGUCCACAUAAAAAAGCAACUUUUUAUGUCUGCUUAGACAUAACUUUCCAGUUGGAUUCCACCACACGAGCCUAAAGCUACCAUCACCAACUUCAUACAGGCUCCCCCGACCCAUAGUGUGAACAGAUUAUGUUUCAGUAUACCAUUAUUUCAGUGAUCCGUGCAUGUCAGGGGCAUCAAAUGUGCAUAUACUUUUCACCUUGUUAACACAGUUAAUAUAUGGGUAGUUUGGCUAGUGUUUAUCAAGCCAUAGAGAAUUGUACUCUUUUCCAGGUGUAGCUGGACUGCUUCGUUUGCUACUUUAGGUCAGCAAUUCUGUACUCGGAUGUUCUUCACACAUGUAUAAAUACUGCAGUAAGAGAUUUUGUGCAGAGAGAUGACUGUUCCUGAACUGCAUAUCACUACAUUAUGUUUGCUCCUAGUUUGCUAAAUUAAAUGCAUUUGUGCCAUUUCUUUUCAUUUCUUUCCUUUUUUUUUGCAGUGUAUCUUGAUUUUGUAAUGAGGUUUAAAUUGUACCUUAGUUUGCUGAAUUUGAAAGACUGUUGUAAAAACACAUUGGGACCAUAUAUUUAUGCAACUAAAAUUCUGUCAUUUGUUAUGUUUGAAGUAAAAUCCAACCGCAAUGCAUUUAUUUGUUUCAGUUUAACCGAACAGACUUAUUAAUACAUACUGUGUUCAAACUAGAAUUACUGAUGUUUUCUACAUUGUUAAAUUACAGUAGUUCUAAAUAGAAUGUUUGCAACAGCUCAUCACAGACUGCAUUUCUCUGGUUGUGGGAAUAUGAUGUAGAAAGGAAAAAAUCCACUUAACUUUCAGCAGUUAAUAUGGGCAGGUCCCUGUUAAGUAAAUGAAAAGUCAAAAUGUUGGACGGCCAAAUAUCUGAAAAGGCUGUUCCUCGAUAUCACUAUUUUAAGAUUGCAGUACAGUGAAGACUGGAACAUUUGCCCUUUCCUCACUGUAGUGCAAUCUCGGAGUUGGUAUAUAUAAUUAGCGGGGGGGGGGGGUGCAACCCCCCACAAUACUCAUUUCGAGGAAUGGAUAUUUUCAGAUAUCUGGUUCGACAUUUUGAUUUUUUGUUUAUUUAAUAGAGAACCAAUAUGUGCAUCUCCAUAGCUGCUCUACUGCUGUUUAAAUAAUGCCUGGUUGCUUUUUUUUUCCACCCAGGUUCUUAAACUCAGUUUUUGUUAAGUGCUAACAGAGAACUGCCAUUGUUGAUGGUAGCUACAAACAUGCUCUUUGAGCAAACAUUCUAUUAUAUGAAGAUAUGCUUUAAUGAAAAAGUCUGGCUUAUUGAAUUUACAUUGUUUGUAUUUGCAAGUUUUUUAGUUUUGUGUAAUAGAACUAGAUACAAAAAUUAAGUUGCUGAUGUUUGCUAAAAAUGCUUCUCAUCUCAGGAGUUGUGAAAAAGAAAACUAUUUACAACGAUUUUUUUUCCUGUGCCACAUUAGAUUUAAAGGUACUUAACCUGUUCAGGGAAGACACUUUGUUGUUGAGUAGUAUGGGGUAAAUCAGUUACACAGGCAAGCUCUGUUUUGCUACACAGUUGUUCAGUAAAAAAAAGAAAAAAUAGAUUAGAUUUUUCCAUGUCUAGCACACACAGAUAUCUAGAAUUUUAAGAAUAAGUAUAUAUUAAGUUGCAAUUUAUAUUUUGAACUAAGAUCUGUGUAUAUCUGUGUAGUAAUAUACAUGUAUGUACAUGCUGGCAUGCAAGUCUAUGGAGUAAUGCUUCACUGUUUUUAGUGAUGCUUUGAUAUGCACACAUUGCUGUACAAGGUGCAACUGAGGUGGAUGUAAUAAACAAACAUUGGCAUUUUGCUGUCUUACUAAAGACAGCCAUAAAAAAGGACUCAAAUUUCAAAAAGGUUUUAAUGGAUGACUUAAUAGAUGGCAAGUCUGUAAUAGCACAUGGUUACAGUAGUCCUUAGUGGAAUAUACUAGAAGACAAUAUCCCUGUCAUCCCUGGAUUAAUGCAACAAAAACAUUUAAAAUUGUUGCUGUUUCUUUAAAAUUUUUGUAUUCCUCAAUUUGGGGUUACUGAAACAUUUAUUUGUUGUUUUUCAAUUUGGGUGGGUAGGGAGAGGAGAGCUAUGUUGCGCUUAGCUGGAAGGAGUAUGAAGUACUUCAUACAUUGUAUUAACACUGGUAAAGGCAACUAAUUUAUGGCCUGCCAUUAAGCAAAACUGUUCUGUGAAGGAUGCACAUGUCUUUGUUGUGCUAUUUAGUUGUGAUCAGUCUCAGGAUUUUUAUUAUUUUAUUUGGACCUGUAGAUUACUGCAUGACAAUGCUAGAUUUAGUAAGCGUUACUUUAAGCAAACCUGCAGUUUUGGACCUUAGAAGGACUUUGCCUUUGAGUUUCAUUAUGUUGUCACUAAUUAUACAAAUUGAUUGCUUAUGUGUAUGAAAGGUACUAAACACUUAGUCUGUAUUUAAAGGACAGCUAAAUUUGAUGGCAAAAUGGCAUACCCACACAGUUUGUUUUGGUAGUAUUGUAGAUUUAAACAUUUAUUGCUGCUUUUAAUGUUCUUGAACAGUGCAGGUAGUUCCUGUACGUCCUUACUUUAUUUUGGUGGAUGUCUUUUGGCACAGGAAGUACCUACAACUUGCUUGACCUGUUCACAUCACCUAAAAUUAUUCUUUAGAAACAUAUCAGAUGUUUUACUGUCCAUGAAGCUUUUCAGUACUGAGUGCAGCCUCUGUCUUUUUGAGGAGUCUGCACUGAGUUUUAAUAUAGGGAAAUACCACUUUGUCUUUUUUUUUUUUUUUAAUAAAUUGCCUACCUCUGGGAGGAAGAAGCAGCUGGUUUUUUUGGAAGCAAGCUACUUCAGAUGCAAUUCCUUUCCCAAUUUUAUUAACCACUUGUUCAUGCAAUCACUUUUAAAACUUUGUGCAUGUGGCAAAAAGGAGGGUGGGGAGUGGAGAGAGGGCUACUUUGUGCAUUAGUUACCUUAUGUAAACAAAAUAUUGCCCUAUUUGCUUCCGGAGUGUGAGGAAAUGGGCAGUGUUUACACUUUUUAUGUGGAGUAUAUAGUACAUUUAUAUAUAAGUAUUAACCCAUGACUAUCCUGAAUCCAGGAGGAUUGAUGACCCUGCAUUACACUACUGCUAUUUGGAUUGAAAUUAGCUGUCCUUUGGCCAACAUGGGGGAAGUAAAUAGAAAUGCAAGAGACUUUUAUCCUUAUUAAAAAAAAUAUGUUGAUAGGAUAUGAGAUUCUUAAAGCCUAAAGCGACCGUGUCAGGUUGUCAGUGCUACAGAUUGUGUAAAUAUUCUGCCUACUUCCUAUUUUGAAGUUCUUCAGAUUUACUACUUGUAAAUAAGACACGCAUCAGGAAAAGAAGAUUAAACAUUUUUCUAAAUAA